AUGUUCCUGAUCGCCAAAAUCGUCCGCGGCCGUCGCCUUCUCCACGAACUCGAGCAGGCCGAGAAGGAGAAGGAGAAGGAGCGGGAGCGCGAAAGAGUGGAGGCCCAUCGCAAGUCGCUGCGCGGCGAUUCCACCGCCUCCACCGGCAGCAGCGCCAACUCGAAGCACGAGAAGAGCGGCGGCUUCACGCAUCAUCGCCGCACCGGCGCCAAAGAUGAUGCGGAUGCGAAGAAAAAGAGUGUCGUGCUGGUGGAGAGCAAUGAUAAAGCGUCGACAAGUGGGGUGAGUGCAAUUUUUUUUGAUGAGAAAAAUUUUUGGACUUCGCAACAAAAUUUUUUUUGCACUGUGCAAAAUUCUAGAUGAAAAAAGCCUACAAUUUUGCACUGUGCAAAGAUUUAGUUAUAAAAAGCCUACGGUUUUGCACAGUGCAAUUUUCUAAUUGAAAAAAGCCUAUGGUUUUGCACUGUGCAAAAUUCUAGAUGAAAAAAGCCUAUAAUUUUGCACUGUGCAAUUUUCUAAUUGAAAAAAGCCUAAGGUUUUGCACAGUGCAAUUUCAUAGUUCAAAAAAGCCUAUGGUUUUGCAUUGUGCAAAAUUCUAAUUGAAAAAAGGAUACGGUUUUGCACAGUGCAAUUUAAUAGUUGAGAAAAGCCUAUGGUUUUGCACAGUGCAAAAUUCUAGAUGAAAAAAGCCUACAAUUUUGCACUGUGCAAUUUAAUAGUUGAAAAAAGCUUACGGUUUUGUACAGUGCAAUUUUCUAAUUGAAAAAAACCUAUGGUUUUGCACAGUGCAAAUUUCUAGGUGAAAAAAGCCUAUGUUUUGCACUGUGCAAAAUUCUAGAUGAAAAAAAACCUACAAUUUUGCACUGUGUAAAAAUUUAGUUAUAAAAAGCCUAUGUUUUUGCACUGUGCAAAAUGUUGGGUGGAAAGAGCCUACGGUUUUGCACUGUGCAAAAUUUUUUCGAGCAGAUGCCCUGCGGUCUUCGAAUUUUCAGGAAUCUAAAACACAAUUUUCUAGGAUAUACUCCAGAUUUCUUACAUUGCUAUUUGCGGAAGAAAUCGAGAUUUUUUAGGUCAACAAAUUCCAAAAAAUUUAUUAUUUUCCAUUUUGUAGUUUUGCACCGUGCAAAUUUUUAGUUGAAAAAAGCCUAUGGCUUCGCACUGUGCAAAUUUAUAGAUGAAAAAAAGGUAAAUUUUUGUCGAAAAAAUCGACUGACAACAAUUUCGUAUAUUUGAAACGACGUAUCUUGCUCAGUACAGAGUUAAAUUUUUUUGCGUAUUUUACAAAAAAAAAACAUUUGGCAGCAUAUUUUUCGAAAAAUUACCUUUUUGAUUGCGUUUUUUUCAGGAAAACAAAGAGGAGCCUCGGCUGCGUCGACGAAAGUGA